ACCCACCCUCGCAGUGCUGCUCUGAAAAACCUCGAGAAAUCUAUUGCGGAUACUCGGAGAAAAUGUUGCGGUGUAUUCUGAGAGUCUCAGGCUCAGCAGCGACGAGAAGCUCAAUCAGAUCCUCUCCAGUCCCAAUCUCAGCUCAAAGUUACUCCUCCAAGAUCCCCAAGUCCAAUGUCGCCAUGUCCAAGAAGACUAAGUCCAAGGCCCACGACCACGCCUCCGCCUCCGAAGUCGAAGCCGCUCUCUCCGACGCCCAAUCCCGCGCACGUCACCUCGCCGCCGACGAAAAGGACCCGUCCCUAGAUUUCGGACCCGACGGUCGGCCCCUUUUCACCUCCACCCCCUCACUCUCCCUCCUCUCCCGGAAAGACGCCUGCUCCUACUUUAAAUUCAGUAUGGACGGUUUGAAAACGGCGUUGCCGGAGGGGUUGCCAACGGGGAUGGUGAAGGAGUUCGAGGACUCACUCAGACCGGCUUUGCUGGUUCGGCAGAGCUUUUUGGAUCUUCGCGAUAAUUUUAGGCGUAUUGUUGAUCCUCCAUUGCACUUCUCUGACGAUAAAGGUCUCAAACUUAGAAAGCAGAUUGUCUUGGAUGGUCCUGCUAGCUGUGGGAAGAGUAUUGCACUUGCAAUGCUUGUUCAUUGGGCCCGUGAUGAAGGUUGGCUGGUUUUUUAUGUACCCAGGGGCCGAGAGUGGACUCACGGUGGAUUUUUCUCCAAGAACCCAGAAACAGGUCAUUGGGACACACCUCUUCAAGCUGCAAAUGUACUCAAGGAUUUUCUGAAAUGGAAUGAAUCCCACUUAAAACAAUUGCCAUGCCAAAUUGAUGGUCCGAUUCCACUGGGAGAGGGUGCUGGUGUUGGAUGGUUGAAAGAUGUUGAUAACAUGUCAAUGCCUGAAGGUUCUACGCUUUAUGACCUUGUUAACACAGGUAUCAAGCAUACGCAUGCAGCUGUUGGAGUGGUUGUUCGUUUGAGGAGAGAGUUAUCACUUGUGAAAAAUAUCCCUGUGCUUAUAGCAAUUGAUCAAUAUAACAGCUGGUUUACCUUCAGCGAGUAUGAGGAAGCAGUAACUAUACGUUCUAGUCGACCAGUGCAUGCUAGAGAACUUGCAAUGGUGAAUGCUUUUAGGUCUAUGAUGCAUGAUGACAUGAUGGUGGGUGCUUUCUCUCAUUCAACAGCGGUUGGAAAGCUUCGUAAAGACUUACCGGAUGUUCCUGUAGAUGCUCGUGUUAAUUUUUCUCGCUAUAGCUUGGACGAAGCAGCAACUGUUUGUCAUUAUUACCUUAGGCAAAGACUAGUAAAUCGUGAAGUAUUCUCAGAAGAAAAUUGGAAGAAGGUAUACUACUUGUCAAAUGGAAAUGGAACAGAGAUGAGGUGGUUGGUUCCUUUGAUGCGGCAGUCGACAUAAUAUACGUCGUCGUCAACCUUUUUUUUCCUUUAGAUGUGCAUUUGCAGAGGAUCAUCUUUUCUAGCCUAUGGAUUAGAGCUCAAAGAGUCAAAGACAACGAUCAUAUAGACCAGUUAAGAUUUGGUAGUUUCUGCUUUGGAGUUAAUCCAUUUGUGAGUUUUUCUUUUUUUGGCUAAGCAAGUUCUUUUGUUAGCCUUUUUAUACACUUCAGGUGUAUAAUUUUGUACUAAUUUUGUGAUUUUGUAAUUGCAUUGCACAUUUUAGUCGUUUUCUUUUUUCUGUAUUAGCCCCCUUGUCAGAUUUAUGCUAAACUUCCAUCUGCGGUGGUGAUAUAACUAGAGCUUCAUAUUUU